GGCCGGAAGUGGAGGCAGGAGUGAUUCUGCUUCCGUCUCUGGUUUAGUUCCAGUGUUUGGGGUUCUUCGCGGCCGCCCAAGAUGAACCGAUUCUUCGGGAAAGCGAAACCCAAGGCUCCGCCGCCCAGCCUGACUGACUGCAUUGGCACGGUGGACAGCAGGGCAGAAUCCAUCGACAAGAAGAUUUCCCGAUUGGAUGCUGAGCUAGUGAAAUACAAGGAUCAGAUCAAGAAGAUGAGAGAGGGCCCUGCAAAGAACAUGGUCAAGCAGAAAGCCUUGCGGGUGUUAAAGCAAAAACGGAUGUAUGAGCAGCAGCGGGACAACCUUGCCCAGCAGUCAUUCAACAUGGAACAAGCCAAUUACACCAUCCAGUCACUGAAAGACACCAAGACCACGGUUGAUGCUAUGAAACUGGGAGUAAAGGAAAUGAAGAAGGCAUACAAGCAAGUGAAAAUCGACCAGAUUGAGGAUUUACAAGACCAGCUAGAGGAUAUGAUGGAAGAUGCUAGUGAAAUCCAAGAAGCACUGAGUCGUAGUUAUGGCACCCCGGAAUUAGAUGAAGAUGACCUCGAAGCUGAGCUCGAUGCCCUGGGUGAUGAGCUCCUGGCUGAUGAAGAUAGUUCUUACUUGGAUGAAGCAGCAUCUGCACCUGCAAUUCCAGAAGGUGUUCCCACUGACACAAAAAACAAGGAUGGAGUGCUGGUGGAUGAAUUUGGAUUGCCACAGAUCCCUGCUUCAUAGACUUGCAUCAUUCUACUACAUCAUGUAAAAGCAGCAAACGUUCUGGGACUAGGGAAAUAUUUAUCUUUGCAAAUUUACCAUAACAGAUUUGGUUUAUUUCUUUUUCUUUGAAGGAAAAGCUAAUUACAUUGCUCUUUUAUUGUUUUCCGUUAAGAGACUCAUUGCUUGGGGAAUGCUUUCUUUGUACUAAAAUUUGAUUCCUUUUCUCUUAUGAAAAAUUAACUUACCUAAAAGUGUCUUUGGCUUUGUAUGACAUGUUUUCAUUCAUUAAUAACAAUUUGAAAUAAAACCCAGGAUUCCAUGACAGUGUAACUGCAGUCUCAAAAUGACCUGAUAAAUUGAUGAAGCAAAGAUGAAAUCAUUGAGACUGUUCAUAUUAUGAUUCAAAACCAUUUUCUAUUGUAGCAUUAUAUGGUGGUUAAAGUGAUGGCCUUCUUUGAUAGGUUUUGUUGUGUCUUGUGAGCAAAUCAUUGUGUCCAGUAUUGGAAUGGAAUUAUCACUACUGUAUCAUGUAUGGGUAUCUUGAUUCUGUGGUUCCUUCAGUAUUGUAGUCUGACUUGUAAUCAAUAAUGAAUAUUUCUUGAUAUUUAAUGUAUAGGACAUUUAUUUAUACUCAAUAAAUAUUUUUCAAAAGGAUAUAAUUUUAAUAAUAUCACUUUAGCCUAAAUUUUUUAGCCCAGAAACCAAAUUUAAUGUAAUUUUAAUGAUAAUUCAGCAUAAACUCCACUAUGGAAGCCAAAUUGAGCCCAAAGAGUUAUGGUAAAGAAGAAAGAGCAAGGAGCAAUCUGGGCUUGGCUCUGGCUCUGCCGUCUGCUAACUGCCAAGUGCUCUAGUAGGCUUCCCUAAACGUGUUUCCCUACUAGUAGAACCAUGUGUAUUUCACAAGGCUUUUAUGAGGAAUAACUGAGGUUGUGGUCAUAACUACUUUUGUUAACUGCCAUGUGCUGUUCUCAUAUGAGGAAUUAUUAACAAUAAAAAAGGAAGGGCUUCA